GUGCAUCGCUUCGCAUGGUUUAGUAAUAAUUGUGAUAACGUUGAAAUGUUUUAUCAAAUAAUAUUUUGUGUUCGCGUGUUCAUUUUCGAGUGACUUCCUGCCAAAAUUUGUGCCACAACGGGAACAACGGAAGUAACUAAAGUCGAAGUACAAAAACAACUGCAAAAUGUGUCUACCAACGAGAGUCGUGAUUGGCGUCCAGUUUUUUCUGGCAUGUCUAAUCUCAUACAUGUUACGUGUAAAUUUAUCGGUGAAUAUUGUGGCGAUGAUCGUUCAAAAACCUCGACCACCAACGGAGACUGAAUGUGCGUUAGUCAACGGAACAAAUGGUUUGAAUCCAGACUUUGGUCCACGGUAUUUAUGGGAUAACCAAAUCCAAGGAAUUAUUUUGGGGGCUUACUAUUGGGGAUAUAUUCCAACUUGCGUACUUGGUGGAUAUUUAGCUGAAACAUUCAGUGCCACUAAAGUGAUAACGAUUUCAAUGUUUGUGUCUGCGAUUUUAACUGCACUAAGUCCGUAUGCUGCUUCAGUGCAUUUUUCAUUUUUAAUCAUAAUUCGAUUACUUCUUGGAACAGCUGGGGGAGUUGUGUACCCAUGCUUACAUUCAAUGUUAGCAAAAUGGGUUCCACCCAAAGAGAAAGGACGAUUUAUGACCGCAUUAAUGGGUGGUACAUUUGGAACGGUGGUAACUUGGUCUUGUGUGGGAUAUAUAAUCGAAUUUUAUGGUUGGGUCUGGGCAUUUUAUAUUCCAGCUUUAAUUACAACUUUAUGUGGUCUAUUGUGGUAUUUCACUGUAUUUGAUACACCGGAACUACAUACUAGAAUCUCAGAAGAGGAAAGAGAAUAUAUAUUGAAAUCGAUGGGAAGUAAUAUCAGUCACAAUAAACGAAGAGCACCAUACGAAAAAAUUGUAAAAUCAGUACCAUUUUGGGCACUUGUUACUCUUCAUGUAGGAAACUCGUGGGGUCUAUAUUUCAUGUUAACAGUCGGUCCAAAAUUCUUAUCUGAAGUAUUAGGAUUCAAUUUACGAAAUUCUGGAGUUUUAUCCAGUUUACCAUCGACAGCACGAUUCGUAUGUGCCUUUAUUUUUGGAUAUUUUGGUGAUAUGAUCCGCCAACGUGAACUUAUGCAAACAACAGUUAUACGUAAAACAUUCUGCUUAUUUUCACAUAUCAUACCAGGAUUUUUACUCCUUUGUCUCCUAUUUACUGGCUGUGAUCAUAAUUGGGCUGUGGCCUUGUUAACAGUAUCACAAGGUUUUAACGGUGCAUCGACAGUAACGAAUUUACAGAAUGCACAGGAUAUUGCACCAAACUUCGCUGGAUCUCUUUAUGGAUUUAUGAAUUCAUUUGGAAGUAUUGCAGGGAUUUUAACGCCAAUGAUUACUGGACAAAUUACCAAGCAUAAUAAUGAUAUUCAAAGUUGGCACAUUGUAUUUUCAAUUGGAGCUGCAGUUUAUUUCAUUACCACAGCAGUAUUUUUAUUAUUAGGCAGUGGAGUUGAGCAAGAGUGGAAUAGAGAGGAAAAACCUGAACCAAAAAAAGAUAUUGAAGGAAAAGUUAAUGAAGCAUUCACUAAUUGUUAAUAUUUAUUUUAGUUUUAGACAAAUUUUUUUUAAUUUUAGUCAAUUUUUUUAAUGUUAAUUUUUAUCAAUAUUAUGUAUUUUCUGACUAUUUAAAACACUAGAAUCGCAAUUAUUAACGAUUAAGUUCAAUAUAUUACCUCCUUAAGUUAAAUUCCGUUACGAAAUAAUUUUAGAAAAUCUGUUACAUUCAUUAUCCCACUAAUCGAUCUCAUACCUAGCCAAACGUAAUAACUAGAAAAGUCCCCCCAAGUAAAAGGUUACUCCUCUCCUCUCUGCUGAAAACGACCAUAAUGAAAUAUUGAAAGAGCUUAUUGAUUUUUAAUCAAUAACAGAAUACUUAAUCGGCACUAAAUUAAACGAACAUUUAGUGCCGAUUUUUUAAAUUUUAUCGUUAACUAAUGUAUAAACAAGUUACCAAAUCGCGGUUAGUGCACACAAAUCCAACAAACAUAAUCUAGCAAACAGCUGUUUUCAAUUAAAAUGAACCGGAAAUUGAGCUCCUGAUUCUUUUUUAUUGAAAUAAAUCCAAAAUUUCGAAUCGGAAUGAAAGAGGAUGAAUUUUGGAAUGAAUUUGAAUUCAAAACUAUAAUUGGAGAACGAGAAUGAAUCGAAAACUUUGAUUUCCGACUAGUUUAACAGUUUCGUCGAAAAAAAAUACAUAAUUUGUUCACUAGGCUUUUUAUCAAUAGGUAGUUUUCCCUACUCAAUAAAUUACACUGAUGAAAACUUUAAAAUGAAUCCAAUUUUCAUUUCCAAGAAUGCUAAAUUCACAUCAUAUUUUUGGCGUUAAAUAAUAGUUCAAUAUUCUGCAGAGAAUAGCUUGUAAGGUACCUUGCCGAAUUUAUGAAAAGAUUUUUAAAAUUAUUUCGCUCGUUAAAGCUAUUAAUUAAUAAAAAAUGUUUUGAACUCAUUUUGAUGUUAAUUAGAAUUCAAUACAUGAUUUUGAGACACAUUUUCGUAAAACCAGAGUACCGUUUUUAUACAAAAGUACAAAGAUCUAUAUGUUUUAAAACUUAUUUCAAUAUAAAAGAUUGUGACUUAAUCGUAAAUUGUGACCUUCGCCCUUAAGACUGUACAAGAUAAAAAAAAUUGUAAAUAUUUUAUGUAUAAGUACUUCAAA